AAAAGCUGGGGGUGGAGGUGGGGGAAACCUAUAACCUGUCCGCCUGAUACUGACUUCUGUUAAUGACAUCACCAUCUAACCCUUGACCUGGGAACAAAACUUAGUGUCCUUUUCAACUAUUCUGGCCCUUGCCUCAGCAUCUCACUGAGCCAUGUGGAAUCCACUCUGUAAUGGUCAUUCCCAUUCUUGGCCCACUUGGUCCUUUCCCAUGGGCACAUGUAGUUAAAGCCAUUGUUAGCUGUCUCACUGUUCAGUUCUAUGGACCCUCAGCGUUGAUGCUGUUGGCCAAGUAGUAUUCCAAAGCACAGCUCUAACAAUGCCAGUGCUCUUUGCUAAAACCUCAGUGACCCAACUGCCUCCAGCAGACAGUCCAAAGUCCCUUGCUGAUCUUGCAAAACCCUUCCUGAUGUGACUGUGUAAAUUGAUUGUCUCCUCUUCUCAGGAUCCCCAUGUACUCACCAAACUGAACUACAACAUGCCUUAAGCGUUUCUGCCUCAGCUAAUCAGCUGACAUACUUUCUCCUGUUGAAAUCCUGGUGCAUUCUUAUUUUAACUCUGAGGAAUUUUUCAGGUUCUACCGUUUAACUACCUGGUACCUUGUUUUACCUCACUCCACCCUGCAUUAAUUUUUCAGCAACUCAAAGGUUGAAACCACAUUUCAUUUAUCUUUGUUUUCCCCUGAUAUUGCUCACUACUAGAGAAGCUUGAACUGAAAUAAAUCAGAUUGAAACUCAGCUCAGAAACCUAGUUUCUGAGCAAGAAAACUUUCUCAUGGUUAUAAUUUUUUACAGCUGGAAAUCAUCUGAGCAAAUCAUCUCAUUUUACAAGUGACAAAACCAAGGGUCAGCGAGGUGAGGUUACUUGCCCAGUCUUUCCUAGCUGCCCUUGGACAGAUCAAGUGAUGCUGUUUGGAAAAAUUUCCCAGCAGUUGUGUGGCUUAAAGAAACCCCCACGGUCAUGUGACUACAGAAACUUUUGGGGCUGGUUGAAUGCAGUGUUUAAUAAAGUAGAUUAUGAACGCAUCAAGGACGUGGGACCCGAUAGGGCAGCAUCUGAGUGGCUGCUACGCUGUGGGGCCACGGUGCGCUACCAUGGCCAGGAGAGGUGGCAGAAGGACUACAACCACCUCCCAACAGGACCUCUGGACAAAUACAAGAUCCAGGCAAUUGAUGCCACCGAGUCCUGUAUCAUGAGAAUUGGAUUUGAUUAUCUGGAGGGCCUACAGCACGUUGAAAAAAUAAGACUAUGCAAGUGUCAUUAUAUUGAGGAUGACUGUUUGGAGAGACUUGGUAAACUGGAAAAUUUACAAAAAAGCAUACUGGAAAUGGAAAUAAUUUCAUGUGGGAAUAUCACAGACAAAGGAAUCAUUGCUUUAUAUCACUUAAGAAACCUCAAGUAUUUGUUGUUAAGUGAUCUUCCUGGAGUAAGAGAAAAAGAAAAUCUUAUCCAAACCUUUAAGACAGCACUGCCUUCUCUGGAACUAAAAUUAGACUUGAAGUAAAAUAAUAAUAUUCAAUAAGUGUCUUCUUUGAAUAUAAAGUAUCAUUUAAAAUUGUUGAUCCUAAAUAGCAGUAAAUAUUACAUAAUCAUCAACAGACCUUAAGGAUGUUGUAUCAUGAUGUUUCAGAAGCAGAGAGUCCAUUAUGUAGAAAAUUAAUAUUCAGACAUGACUCACUGAAGUUACUAAGUUGGAAGUAAAAAUCUAUGUACAUUAAGUCAUUUUAAGAAAAAUGGAAAGCAGGUAGCAGUUUAAUUCUGAUAUAUUCCUCAUUUUAUAUAAAUAUCUAUGUAGGUAACUUUUGUUGUAGAUGACAACAGAGUUC